UUCGUUUUAUGUAAACUAAGAAGUGUCACAAGUUAAAAUAAUUCAAUAUUAUUUAUUUUUUGUGCUAUUUUUCCAACAAUGUAAAAUAAAAUAACUAGUACUUGUUCAUUUUCUAUAUCCAAAUGAUAUUAAUCAAUCAUUAAGCAAUAAAUAUGACGCCAAAACGAAAGACGACUAGUUCUGAGUCAACAUCGUCAAGUAGCUCAGGUUCUAGUUCCAGUAGUUCAUCUAGUUCUGGAAGUGAAUCAAGUUCUUCUGAUUCUGAAAAUUCUAGUAGUUCUGCACGUAGUCCAAAAGUAUCAGAUUCUGAAAAAAAUAAAAAGAAGCAAUCAAUUCCUGUAAAUAGACAUGUUAAAACAAAAGCAGAAACGAAUAUUGCUACAGCUUCUGAUAAUAAAAACAAAGAGAAAACUCCACAGAAGUCAAGAUCGACUAUUUAUUCAUCAGAAUCUGAAGAAACACCAACAAAAUCUAAACCUACAGCUAAAAGAAAACCUCCAGCGAAACCAAAAGCCACUGCCACUGUAGCACCAGUAGUUAAAGCUCAGAGACCUGUUGGUAAAGCGACUCCAGCUCCAGUUCAAAACAAAAAUGCGGCAUUAGUAUCAAAAUUAAUUCAUAAUAAACAAAAUAAAGCUGCUGUGAACGUUGGAGUUGGUAACAAAGUACCAGAAAAAGCAUCAGUAAAACUUCCAGUUGAAUCUACACAGAAAAAGAUUAAGAAAAAAAGUAUUUUUAGUCCUGAAAAUAGUAGUGAGAGUGAUAGUCCACCUUCUAAGACAAGUGGAAAAACGGCCAGUAAUGUUACAAGAUCUAAACCUCCACCUAAGCCAAAGCCGGUGAAUGAACCUAAACCAAGACCACCUAUUAAUAGGCCGAGUUUAAUUACUAGACAACAAACAAAAUCUGAAAGUUCAGCAAGUUCUAAGAGUUGUUCAGGAGGUUCUGGUGGAUCUGAAUCAUCUGGAUCUUCAGAUAGUAGUUCAGAUUCUGAUUCAUCAGAAAGUGCCCCGAGUCCACCACCAGUAAAAAAGAAAGAAACUCAUUUAUCUUCUGCAACAAACUCAACGCCCAAACGACCAUCAGUUGCUGUGGCAGCAGUAAAACCGCAAAAAAAUUUAAAAAGGCCAGUGAUUAAAAGUGAAGAAGAUGCUUCAGACAGUGAAAAAGAUGAUGAGGAACCUGUUGGUCGUACUUCACUCAGUACUUCUCCGAAGGGAAAGAAAAAAAUACAACCACGGAAAGGUAGUAAAUUACUUCAGUCACAGAUAAAAGUUAAAAGUGAUUCUGAAUCAGAUACAGCUGAAGUAAAACGGAGCUCUAGUAAAUCUCCGGUUAAACGAGUUGUAGCUCGACAGCCCUCAGCAGUAUCAAGAGUUAAUCAUGGAGGAACUGGCGGUGGAACAGGUGGAAGAAGUAGCCAAAAUUCUUUAUCAAAAUCUCGCAGUGUCAAGGAACGAGAAUGUCCUCUAGCAGUUUCUUGUGAUUCUCAAGGUCAUCUUUCUGGAAAAUUUGAUACUCACUUCACACUUGAUGCCUGUCCUUUGUACCAUAAUACAACUUCACAAGCUUGUGUGGAAUUUUAUAAAGAACGAAAGAAGCGUGAAGAGGAUAGAAAAAAAGCCAUGACGAAUAUGGGGAAAAAAUCACCAAAAGGAAUGCACCAGACAAAUGAGCAGAGAAAUUAUCAACUGAAAGUUAAAGAAUUACGAAAUAAAUGGAAGCGUCCUAAUGGCGAUGGCAAUGACAGUGAUAGUGGAGGUGAAGCACCUGGAAUUGAAAAGGAUCGACAACCGCGUUUGACAGGGCUUACUUCUGAUUAUGAUUUAAAACUUUUCAUGGAAGCUCAAGCCAUUGCCAGCGAAAAAAUAGAGAAAGAAUUGAAAGAUCUACAUUACGAUGGAGAAGGAAGAAACGCUGGUGGAACUAAGUGUGUAGAAAUGGGCAAAUGGGAAAUGGAAGUUUGGUAUCAAAGUCCAUACCCUGAGGAAUUUAGCCGAGCACCAAAACUUUAUCUCUGUGAAUAUUGUUUAAGGUAUGCAAAAAGUAGACAAGUAUUGAGAAGGCAUCGAGAAAAGUGUGUUUGGAGACAUCCUCCUGGUCAUGAAGUUUAUAGGAAGGAUAAAAUAGGAGUGUGGGAAGUUGAUGGAAAACGUUACAAGCAAUAUUGUCAGAAUCUUUGCCUUCUUGCAAAAUUUUUUCUCGAUCAUAAGACUUUGUACUACGACGUGGAACCUUUCCUCUUUUACGUGAUGACGAUCAAUGACUCUGAGGGCUGUCACACUGUUGGAUACUUCAGUAAGGAAAAGAAUUCAUUUUUAAAUUACAAUGUUUCGUGUAUCCUGACCUUACCACCAUAUCAACGACAAGGCUAUGGACGACUUUUGAUAGACUUUAGCUACCUCUUGACAAGGGUAGAGAAGAAAAUAGGUUCUCCAGAGAAACCGCUGUCCGAUCUAGGUCUCAUCUCGUACCGAAGUUAUUGGAAAGACGUGCUACUGCAAUAUCUAUGUCAUUUUGGUGGCAAGGAGCUCUCAGUAAAAGAUAUAAGCAAAGAAAUGGCUAUUGAUUCAUACGACAUAGUCAGCACUCUUCAAGCUCUAGGAAUGAUGAAGUAUUGGAAAGGUAAACACAUCAUACUGAAAAAACAGGAUGUCAUCGACGAUUACAAGGAGAGGGUAAAACGUCGUGGUCCCCUCUACAAAGAAAUCGAUCCCGAGUGUCUGAAAUGGAAUCCCUUCCAGCCACCAAAAACACCCUCCGCUUCAAACUGAACAUAAUAUCUUGUAGGCAACACCAACACUGAUACCACAUAACUACUUACCCAUACUUUUAAACUGUUGACGUUGGCCCUUCUUGCCAACACCAUUUGAACCCCUCUUUCUACCAGGCCAAUAGAAGGCAAGUUCACCCUGGUCAUGUAUGAGCAACGGAUCCAGUUGCUUAUUCGUGUAGGUAUCAUCAGUUAGGUGGAAGAAAAAACCAUCUUUUAUAAAACAACUGACGUAGAAAAAUGAAAAACUUCAGUGAUGUAAUUUAAAAAAUCAAGUAACAAGAAUAAUGUAUAAAAAAAACUGACAUCUUGAUGUUAGAUCUGUUUUAUAAAAAGUUUAAUUUCAUACGUACUUGAUAAUAUAAAUGUGCUCAAUACAAAUUAUAAUUAUAAAGGAUGAACUUUUAUCCUGGAUUAAGUGAUUUUGGUUUAAGUUUCUUUGUGCCUUAACAAAUUUCUUCAUUAGAAGAAUAUGAGUUAAGAGUAGGAUUUAAGUUGUAUAGAAGGAAUGAGUCAGAAAGAAUGACAGAGAGACGUAAAUAAUAUUAACUUAGUUAAUAAAAAAUCAUUGAUUUUAUUAAUUAUUGUUGACUGUAUUAUUCAACACUGAGUACAAAUGUUUAUUAGUGUUGAAUUAAUUUAAUUAAGUUUAUUCUUAGUAUUGUAUACUAUUUAACCUAGAGAAUUGGAAAUUCUUUUAUUUUCAUCAAUAAUUCUUUAUUAAAAUGCAAUUUUAAUCUAUAACAUUAUCUGUCGUAUUGUCGCUGAUAUUUUAUAAUCAUGAACAUGAUCGAUAAAUUAAAUAGUUUUAUUUUUGCACAUGCUCAAUUUAAUCGUAAAUCAUGUCUUCUUCCUUCCAUUUCUUCAUUCCAUUGGUCUCCAGAGUCCAAUUCAGUAUCACGUUGACUUGAUGAUACGUUUUUUGAUUCUUUUUAUACACACUAAAAAGUCGUUAAAAAAAUAUACUAAGUGUUGUCUAUUAAAGCUAUUUUGUAUUAUUACAUUCAAUUAACACUAGUAAUUAC